GCCGCGGCUGUAAGAUGUCCGUGGACCAGCCGUAGUCUGUUUUAGCUCGUAUCACAACGUCUCGGCAGUUAGUCUGAUCACUUACAGUAAUCACCAGCUCUAAGCAAAGAAAAAAAAAUGUCAUCCUUGGGAAAUAUUCGCGAUUGUAUCCUCGAUUUCGUCUAGACACGUCGCUUGAAUACACCUAGAAACCCGAGAUUAUUUUCACCGGCGUGGUGUCGCGAGUUAAGAUAUGUCGGUUUUCGCACGCUAACGCGUAAAUUAAAAAGUGUCUUUACCCAUUGUACUCUGCGUGUGCUAGCCAGGGGUCAUGAAAGAGGAUAUUUCAAAAACGAUCCGUACAUACUUUCGUUAGCCGUAGCAUGUAUCAGUAAACGCGGAGUGCGCGAUAGCCACAUCACCAGAGCUAUUAUAACCGAUCAUCGAUUCCACGAAGGUAUGUAUCUGCCACCUACCAGUAAUAGCUCCUACAUAAUUUGCUUUUUUUUUAAAAAAAAUAAAUCAAGAAUUGACGCGCUUUCACCACGAAGUCGCCCCCGAGGAGGAGGAGCAGUUGCUCUUAGGGUGCCUCGAUCAUAUAGAGGAGGUUUACCCGGAGCCCAGCACCAGCACGGCGACGGUGAUGCAAAGUGCUAAUGGUAAAACAUACCUUUUUAAAAAAAGAUUACGUCUAAUUUACGUUUUAUUAAAAAAAAGUAGCAGGUCCAUCGACAGCGCUGGACGUGCAGGUGAUGGAGGAGGAGGAGGAAGAAGAAGAAGAAGAAGGUGAAGAAGUGCUUCACAAUACGUGGGAUGAAAUCAUGUCGAUAUCAUCGGCCGGUAGUGAUCGCAGUGUCUACGGCAAUGGUAAUGAUGAUGAUGACCGCUCCACCAUGUGCAGCACUUCUAACGAGCGCUAUCAAUUUGUAGAUCUGUUGGAGGCUGCUGGCUACGAUAACGACAUUGCAACGGACAACGCACGGCCUCCGCAGGAGCACGACGACGCUGAAGAACCGGUGAUAUGGGUUCUUAGGAACGGUGUGUACGAGGUAGCGGAUGCCGACGAAGCGGCCGAUGCAUUGGCGGGGCGCGAUGGGGCCCCGAGCGCAGCGGUUACCCUCGAGGAAGGGGAUGAUGAUGAUGAAAACCUGUUAGACGCUGUACUCUCAUACAUCAGGUCGAUGUUUAAUCUUUGAGAGGAAUGAGAA